AUGUCUGCCUACCCUUACGUCGGCCCCGAGGAUCGAAACACGCAGGUGCAGUGCACCCCUCCGCGCCAGGCAGGCGACGCUGCUCGCAUUCUCGUCCCAGAUAGCGACAAUGAUGACAGCCUGGGCCUGCCGAUUUCACAGGAGUCUUCACCCAGUGUCUGCGUGCCGGCGGCCCGCACCUUCUCGAAGCGGGCGGCGCGCUGCGCAGAAGCCUUACUCCAGCGUCACGACGCCGCCGCCUCCGCUGUGCACAAGCACAGGUGUAUGCAGCAGCUUGGUCGUCUCGGCGGCGCCUACCGCGCUCUCGCCCAUGGUCAGCCCGUCACGAUUUGGGUGCGCUAUCAAGACCUCAACGCCCGCGUGAUUCGCGAAACCGAAGCGUUCUUUGAAGGACACAUGGCAGACCACCUUGCCCACCCGCACGUUACACGCAAGAACGGGGUUCUGGCAGCGGCGCCGAAGGCAGCCUUUGGCUUUAAUCCUCAGCGACGCUUGCCUGAGGGCUCCCUCGGCUGCCGGGCUCCACUUCCCUCUAGCCCAUCCCCAGCUCAUGCUGCGCACGCCAUGCUGAGCAGUGACGGUGCCGUCGAGGCGCACGCGUGUCCACCGCAAGCGGGCUACAGCCUCUCCAGAGGGGAGCAGUGUGCUUUGUCGUUGCUGUUCAUAGAAGACACCGUGGAUCCGAAUUAUACGUCGAGCCCACUGCCGACGUUCACCGCGCAUUACACGUCAGAUGACCGCAGUCAGCGCAUGGGUCUGAGCGAGUCCCUGUGCGAUACAUGGUCUCACGGGAGUUACCUCUCCGAUACUCACGCAACAAUGCCGUUCUGGAUGUACGGCGAGGACGCAGACUCUGUCCGAUGCUCUCCCACCCCGGCAGCGCACCGCGGUGACAGUCCGAGCGCGGCACGGCAACAUCGUAAGCGCGGCCGCGGCGACACCACUGGGGCUGAGCCGCAGCACCUCAAGGGGCGACGAGGAGAGAGGUGCACGGCAAGGGCACUCGCCUUCGACGAGCUCAGUGCGUCAUCGUCGUCACAACACGCGACACCUCGCGAGGAGAGCACCACGGCUCGCGGCGGCACACCGGUGGCCCCCUCGCUGUCCGCCACCGUCAUAGAACUUCAGAAUCAGCGGGUGCAGUGCGAUCUCCUCCGUCGGCAGUCCCUCUUCAGUCUGUUUUGA